AAUAAUUCACUAGUAACACAAAGUCGUCGAGGGAAGAGAAAGUGUAAACAACGACACUCGCUGCAUCUGCACAUGGUCUUAGUCGGAUCUGCUGGGUUUGUAAUCAAAGUGCCAGGGUCAUAUGUCGGAUGACCCAGGAGUCCACUGAAGGCGAAGCUGAUUGUAUGGCGACUCUACUGAUCUGCAAUCUGGGAGUUACCCUCAACCAGGUUCUCUUGCAGUGAUGGACUUGUGUGUGCAGGAGGAGACCUUCCAUCACUGCUGUCAGCUCCUCCUGCAGCAGUCAGAGCAGCUGAGAGAUGGCUGGAGCUGGGAGUCAGUCCAGGGUUCACAGGUGGGCUACUUGAAGAAGACUGCUCUCAGGUCCGUUGACUUCAAUUCAAGCUCUGUAUGGGACCAAGUGGGAUCCAGUUCAGACUCAGGAUCCCACACUGUCUGUCGUCAACAGCAACAGGAAAAGUCUGCUCUUGUUGCCUCAUAUGAUUCUGACAGCAUCAAAGAAGACAUAGCUGACGAUGAUGGGGUCUGUGCAGUGUCUAAAGACAGCAGAGAGGUGCUUCAGUACGAGUAUCACAUCCUGUACUCCUGCAGCUAUAGUACUCCUGUGCUCUAUUUCAGAGCCUUCACUCUGGAGGGGAGGAGCCUCUCAUUGGAGGAGGUGUGGAGCUCUGUUCAUCCAAACUUUGGAAUUCGACUUCAAAACAGUCCUCUCAAUACAAUUACUCAGCAGGAGCAUCCACUGCUUGGACAGCCUUUCUUUAUGAUCCAUCCCUGUAAAACAGAGGAGUUCAUGAGGCCUGUGCUGCAGCUGGCUCGGGACCAACACAGGCCGGUGAACUAUGUGUUGACAUGGCUCAGUGUGGUGGGUCCUCUGGUUGGUCUGGAUGUUCCUCUGAUGUACUUCACCCUGCUCUUACCCAGCCCAUCCUUACUCAGCAACACCAAGCCAAACUGAUGCUGCUGUUCUCUGCCUCUGUCAGUAAGCAUCGCCAUGGAGUGGACAGUGGCUUCCAUCUAUAGAUGGGCAUUGAAUAAUUAAGGAGUGGAAAAUUAAGCAUCAUAUUUAUUAUUGUGCAGUAAAUCUGAUUGUGUUUUUUGACCUUUGUAGUCUAUACAUUAUCAAAUAGCGCAAUUGUCUGUUGCUGCUAUCGAUCCAUACCCUACCUGAUGUGACUUUGAAAAUAAGUAUAGAAAUUAUAUCUUGGAAUGUGCAUAAAGCAAAAUUUAUUUGAGUAUCUGUAUGUUUGCCUGUGUUCAAACUAUUUAAAUAAAUUUCAGAUCUGCAUUUUUGAUACACA